CAACUAAAAAUUCAGACGUACUACGCAGCUGAAAGUAUCAAUUGCACCAAAAGAAACAAAGCAAAACUAGAGGCCGCGGUACGCACGCAGAUAUAUGGUGUGACAUUUGCAGCGAAAUGGCUGACAAUGCGGCAGUGCCCACUGCCGAUGUUGCAACUGCAACUGACGUUAAUACCGGUGAUAGCCCGCCGCUCACAACCUCACCCGCGUCCGCUGAUGACCACACGACUCUUAUAUUUCCACCUGCUCCAGGAUCCGGAAACGCCCAAGUCUCCACCCACGCAGAUAAAACAUCGACAGAUGCCACCACUUCCACAACAGUUUUGGUGGGUGGUGAGACCCUUGAAUCGGAACGUUGCUGUUGGAUAUGCUUUGCAACCGACGAGGACAACCGUUUGGCUGCCUGGGUGAAGCCGUGCCAGUGCCGUGGGACUACCAAGUGGGUGCAUCAGAGCUGCCUAUAUCGCUGGAUCGAUGAGAAGACGCAGAAGGGAAAUGCACUGCGCACCGUAUCCUGCCCGCAGUGUCAAACAGAAUACAUAAUUGUGUUCCCACAAAUGGGAAAACUCGGUGGCGCUCUCGAAGCUGUUGAUAACAUGAUCAAACGCUUGAGUCCAUUUCUGGCCGCUGGUUUCUUUGUGGGUUCUCUAUAUUGGACAGCAGUUACUUACGGGGCGGUAACAUUCUUACAGAUCGUGGGUCAUGAGCAUGGUAUGUCCAUAAUGGAGGCGGGAGAUCCGCUCGUUCUUCUCAUCGGGCUACCAGCCAUUCCAGUUGGUCUGGUGCUCGGCCGUUUAAUACGCUGGGAGGAUGCUCUGCUGCGUCUGAUUCGCAACCGUGGCACAGUGGUGCGCAAAUUUCCCUUUGUUAACCUCCUGUAUCCGAGCCUUACCCAGGAGGAGCAGCCAAUCAACAGCAAUCCGGCCACACCUGCUCUGUCUGAUCCAGUUUCAGCUACACGUGUCUUCUGUGGGGCCCUUCUUUUGCCCACCAUCUCAUCAAUUGUAGGUCGCAUUCUCUUCGAAUCUGUGGACAAUACGUUACAUCGCACGCUGCUGGGAGGUCUGACCUUCAUAACGGUUAAGGGUAUCCUAAAAAUAUAUUUGAAACAGAAGCAGUAUGCGCGUCGAAAGAAGCGUCGCAUCGUGGACUACACGGAGGAAAAUAUACGCAAUUUUAUGCAUCGCAACACUAACAAUCCUGCCGGCGGCGCACGUCAGCCACAGCAGCCCCCGGUGGCCCAAGCUUCCCGGAUAGCCGCCGCAGCGGCCCGUGAACGCCAGCAUGGGGACAUUGUCUAGAUGGACGGCACAGUGGACCCAAUUGAUAAUGCUAACAUUUUUCUAGUUCUCGGCUUUUUACGUAGAUUGUUUCAUCUCUCGCACCUGCAGGAGCACGCUAAUCACUAGCUGAGAACAACUAUCCGGUAGGCGGUCUGCCAGCAAAAUUUAUUGUACAAGUCAAGUCUCCAGAAAAUGAAGUGUAUGUUGAAAUAUUUGGCCAAGCUUUUUGUUAGCAACACAAAUAAAACUCCCUCCCCUCCCAUGUCCCUUCAUAGAUGUAAUAUUCAAGUAGGUUAUAUUACAUACAUACAUAUAUGCUUCCACAUAUUUGAUUUAUUCGUUACCAUUUUUGUAAAUUACAAAGUUGCCUCUGUAAAUAAAAGCAAACCCUUGGCUGUGGGUGAAUUAUAACCAUUA